CUGAAGCUUGAAACUGAAGUGCUGGAUGGAAAGCCUAGGCUAAUUCUAGCUUCUUCUGAUAAAUCAAAGCCUGCAAUGAAGAUGGGUAAUAAAGGCAGAGCACCUAAACAGGCAUUGAGAAUAAAGCAUACUGGACAUGUUCUGAGGUCAACACAAAAUGCUUGUAUCAAGCAGGAAAACUUAACAAAACCAAGGAGUGAAUCAAGCUUAUCAAUGGCAAAAGGUGAAAAACUGCAAGUUACUAAACACUCCUCACAUGAAGGCACAACUAAAGAUCACUCCUUGAUUUUCCAAAGAGAUAGCACAAACAGAUAUCCCAAUUCAGAGAAUCCUAAUGUUGUUAAAAGUAAACAGAAACCUCAAAACCCAUGUGUAUCAGCUGAAGACCUAACAAGUUUAGUAUGUUUAACACAAGAACAGCUUCAACAGAUUUUGAUGACUGUGAAAGAAGGAACCAGAAGCAUCUCUGAGACUCAUAAUGAAAACCAAGAGGAAAUGGCUACUAAUGAGGCAUCAGAGGAAAACAUUAUAGUGUUGCUCCAAAAAGCUUGUGAAGUUUCAUCUGUUCCAGAAGGAGCUAACUCUGAUUCAAGCAGAAAACAAGAAGCAUAUCCACAGCCAGGACAGAAGGUUAUAAAGGAUUCGUGGAAACCUGCUGACAUGUUUAGUACCUUGGGUGAAAGAGAAGGGGAGAAAGCCUUAUUAGAAUUUAGAAAGACCCAAUGGAAGAAGGAAUUAGAUGAACAGGUAGCACUGAAGAAGAAACUGAAAGAAACUUUGGAGGGAGAGGUGGGUUAUUUCUGGGCAAAACCUGGCAAUAAUAAAGCCCAUAAAGAGAAAGUGGAAACAGCUGACUCAGAUAAGACAAUGGUUCCAGCUGACUCAAUUGUUACCACUGAGGAAAACUGCGUCCGCACAGCUGCUUUAGCCACAGAAGCUAAUAAAGUUCCACUGAAUGUUUCAAGUGCUCCAGCUGGGCAGGCUUCUGAUUUCAGUUGUUCUGACUUACCAGCUGUCAAUUGCACAGCAUUUGUUUUAGGGGAAGCUGUGCCACAGGAACGACCUUCUAGUGCUUUGAAGCAUGAGCAACAGAAGAAGUGGCUUGAAGAGCUGGACAAACAGAAGGAAGAAGCUAAGCUACGAAAAAUAGAAGAAAAACUUAAUUUAUCAAAGGCUGAAGAGCAUGACAGAUGGGCAAUGCAUUUUGAUUCUUUAAAGAACCACCUUAAUGCUAAUGCACAACACCCCUUAAAUGGAAUGUACAAAAAGCAGCCUGAAAGUCUUUGCCUGUCACCUGACCCUAAGGAGCUGACUGCUUUUAUUCACCCUUUUUCACCUGCAGCUUUAAGCAACCUCAUGCCCUCAAAGGUGGGAAAUGCAGAAAAAGCUGCUAAAAACAGUGCUUUGGAAUGCAGUCAGAAAGCCAGUUUUCUCCGUUCAAUGACAGCUCUCCUGGACCCUGCACAGAUUGAAGAGAGAGACAAGCGGCGGCAGAAACAGUUAGAACAUCAGAAAGCAAUAAUGGCUCAGGUAGAAGAAAAACGGAAGAAGAAAGAACUGGAGGAAGAGCAGAGAAAAUGGGAAGAACAAGAGGAAGAACAGCGCCUAGCACGAGAAAAAGAACAAAUGCAGAAACAGUUUGAAGAAGAUAUGCUGAAACAAAAACAAAAGGAGGAACUCGUGACUCUCAAAACAAAUGAGCUUUAUCAGACAAUGCAGAAAGCUCAAGAAUUAGCACAGAGAUUAAAACAAGAACAGCGCAUUCGAGACUUGGCUCAGAAGGGACAUGACAUUUCAAAACUUCAGAAGAAUCUUGGUGGUGUUGAUACAGAAUUUGAAAAUGGUAAUACUGACAUUUCACAUCAAAGUCACCAUUUUCCUGAUGACAUUAAGAGCCACAUUGAUCAGCAGACUUCUCCUCGGAAAGACACUGCUGUACAGACAGAUGACUUUAAUACUUCAGCAUACACCGAGUCAGCUGAGGAAAGAACUGUGUGUUGCGGAUCGCCCGAUAUUUCCAUAGAAUAUAAAGAAACCUCUAGCAGCAAAAAAUACCAGAAGGAAAUGCAGUGUAUAGAUAAAAACAAAAUUUCAGGAAAAGAGAAUGGUGGCAUUUACAGUGAUCUAUAUGAACAAUAUGCAAGAAAAGAAAGACGAAUCAAGCCUUCAGAAAAAUACAGCAAAAGACCUGACUGGAACAUAAACAAGCCUGGGAAAAGAUACGUUCCAGCGUCAGAAAGAUACCCUAAACAGCUACAAAAACAAAGGGAAGAAAACAAAGUAAGACGACAAAUGGAGCUGCUUCAGUUGGUAGAAAGGAAUACCCCUGGGAAUCUCUGCCCAAAAAAGGGUGGUUAUUCAGACAGGUCUCCUUCACCUCAUGAGGAAAUAAAUAUGAAGAAUAAGGGACAUAAAGUCAGAAAGGAAGAACAAUUGCAUAAGAAUAAUUUGAAUGAAGAAAGAUGUGAAUCACCACCUGUCCCAGCAGUUAAGAACAGAUUACACCAAGUACAACAAAAACAGAUACAUGCUUCUAAUUUCCUGCUGCAUAACAACAGUAGAAGAGAGAAAAAUAUCAAGACAGAUACACAGCCGAGGAGCUCCCCUCCUCCCAUUACAGAAGCUGGAAGACCUCCCUCUGCACAAUUUAUUCCCUAUGUUCGAACAAAUGAAGUAUAUUGCCUUGAUCCAGAUGCACCAGUGACCAGACCUUCAACACAUGACCCACAGUAUCGGCAGUUUAAUGAUUCUUACCAAACGCCACGACAGAUUUUUAGCUCUGAUCACGUUAGAGAUCCUCUUCUAAAUCCUGAUGUAGUUAAAAUCAGAGAGAGACAACAAGCAAUUCUCAAAGGACUGUCAGAAUUACGCCAGGGCCUCCUGCAGAAGCAGAAGGAGCUGGAGACUCUCCAGAAGAGACCUUUAUUUCGCCGUUUUGAGAGACCUCUGCAGAAGAUGCACAGCCUGAAGGCGGUAGUUGUGUCGUGGUACCACGUGAUAAACACCGCAGCGACUGGUCCUAGGCAUAACCUGACGCCGACAGGAUCUCCCAGCAGUGGCGAAAGGAACAGCGGCGCGUUCUUCCCUCGCGCCUGCGCCGAGCCGGGCAGUUGGUGA